AUGACACUCCGUCUGUCAGAUUGCUUGCGGUCGUUGCAUCGACACCGAAGGCCCCCGGAGCAGCGGGAACCCAUGAAUUCUGGAUCGACCACGCUGCACCCUGGAAAUACGUCUGGUGACUGGGGCCCCUCUUCGGGGGGGGGCAGUCAGCCACAGAGCGACGAGGCCAGUCGGACCACCUCUCUUCAGCAGCUCAACUCCGAGUGCCUUACCCCUCCGCACUUCGCUGUCUUUAUGUGGGGUUUGAACGACAGCGGCCAGCUGCUAAGUGGCGCACAGCCACCCUCUAACACACCUCCCGAAAUCCACACCGGAGGCGACGCCGCCGCCGCCCCCGGGUGUCCCCCUUUGGGGGGCCCCCGAGGGGCCCCCCCAACUGCAGUGGAACGCUUAGAAAACAAGAGUAUCUGCGGGUGCUGCCUCGGGCUGGAAAGGACUUGGGUGUGGGAUGUCACCCAGAAUGUGUGGGGUGGGGGAGACAAUGAGGGGGGCUGCCUGGAUCCGGAGGGAGAAGCAUUCAUUCGAAAGCCUAAAUUAAGCGAUGCCGUACGAGGAGCCGUCUCUGUGGCGACGGGGGAGUCACACACUAUUGCCGUUCGUUUUUGCCAGGCAGCGUGUGGCGGCUGUUAUUCCCUGGCUUUGACAGAGACAGGUAUGCUGCUGGCCUGCGGAUCCUCAUCGCACGGCUGUCUGGGGAUUGGCGAGGAGACUCAAGACGGCGUAGAGCCUCUGCUGCGGCCGAUUCCUGCCCUCAUCGGUCUUCCAAUUAAACAGGUGGCUGCAAGCAAUGAACAUGCGUUGGCUCUGAGCAUCAGCGGCGAAGUUUUUUCGUGGGGUUCCAACAAGUGGGGGCGACUGGGCCUUGGGGAGGCGUUCGACAGUGUUAAGAACGUAUGGACUCCGACGUUGGUGCGUCUGUCUCUGCGGGUGCGCUACGUGGCGGCUAGCGACACACAUUCCGGACUGGUCGUGUCAGGAGGGCUGCUGUAUUUGUGCGGCAGCAACAGCUACGGCGAGCUGUCCUACCCUGUGGGCCCCCUACCUGCUUCGCGAGACAGACUGCCAAGAAAUGCAGCUGAGGAAGCUCCCAUUGCCUGGAGUUCCCGCUUUCUUCUCGUUAGGAGCCUCCAACAGCACAAGAUCAAGGUCGUGGCGCUCGGGAGGCACUUCACUGUAGCCCUUACGCGUUCGGGCAAGGUCUAUUCUUGGGGUGUAAAUGAUGUGAACCAACUGGGAGUCUCUUCCAAAGCAGUAUUUCCUCUGUCGCCGUAUUUGGGUGAAGAAGCUGCUCCUCCGAAGCCCCACACCCCUCAGCCUCAGCUCCUGUGGCUGCCUUCUGAAAGCUCUGUGCAGCAGCAGCUGUUCUUUUAUUUGAUUGCCGCUGGGCCCUUCACAGCCUUUGCUGCUGCAGUCGAGACACAGCAAGGAGGCGCGGAGGAGGGGCACCUCAAUCAAAGCUUGGAAACAUUCUUCAAGAAGGUGCUCUGCCGUUCUCGCUCUUCCGUCGGCUGGGAAUACCGCAAACUGACGGCAGCCUCUCACUCUAUUGCCAUGGCGGCGCAGCUAGCCGGGGGAAUGGGCAGAAGGCCUUCAAUCGGAGGAUCCUCUGCUGGUGGAGCCUCAGGGCCUUGUGCGGUGCAGCGGCUGCUCACACUGAGCCGCGGAGAGAGUAACCUGGUGAGUGUCGAGGCUCCCGGAGGCUCUCAGGGGCGCAUGCAAGGGCCACCCGACCAGCUGCUCUCCCGGCAGGAGAGCAGCACGCAGGAAGCUGCCUCAUUUUUCCUUUCGGGAGUCUCGGUAGAAGAGGUGCUGAGCCUCCUCGAGGGUGCAAGGAGCACUGGGGACCUCUCAGCCUUGCGAUCCAUGGUAACCCAGGUGUUUGGCGAUGUCUUUCGCUUGAAUUCCUCGUUUGCUUAUCCUGGCCACGGGAGCGUGCCAGACUUCGAAGGCCUCACCGCAGUGUACGGACAGCUGCCGGCUGAGCUGCUGCCCCUGGUGUGCCAGAGUUUCUCGCUUGUUGUCAGCAACACAAUAAAGAUGGCGCAGUUCUUACGAAGGCCGGACCAACUCAAAUUCAUCCUUUUUAUGCUUGCAUGCACGCCCAUCUACGCUAGCUUCUGCGAGAGAGGCUCUCAGGAGGGGUCGUCGGGGUCUACAAAGCCAGAGAAGCACGAAGACACGGGCGCGGGGUCGCAGGGAGGCCUCGCGGAGACAGGGGCAGACAGAGGUACUUCGGACAAACCCCAGGAGAUACAUCUGCAAGCGCAAAGGCCAGACACCAGGGGAGAACUCUUGUACACGGCAGUAAUCCACAUGCUCUUCCACCUACCCGCCGACGGGAAAAGAAGCUUUUUGCGCCUUGCGAAGGAAUUUCCAGAUUCGAUAUUUGAGACGGCCCUAGUAUUCCCAGCAUGCCGUUUCCUGGCGCACGCUCUCUCAACCGCGGGGUCACGCUAUCGCAUUGUGGACCGAGUGUGGCACUGCGCAGCCUUGCUGCAGCUGUUAUACCACGCCAACCUCAGCAGCAAUCGAAAGGUCAUUCUAGGUGGUGGUCGCGGCACGAAGAUUCCCAUAGAAAAGUUUCAAGUCGAAGAAAUCGGGGUCUUUGUAGACCCUAUUAAGGAGGUCGGCGCCUACAUUGAGAUAGCCCCGAGGGCGGCUCAGCAACAAGACCAGCAAAACACACAAGCCUGUGCUGCAGCCGUGCGAUUGUUUGAGCUUGAGCGGGAUGUGGUAAACAACAGUGAGCUGCAGUCCGGGUGGUCUCUCUUCAUGGCGCACUUGAACCUUUGCCCUCUAUCAUUUAAGCGCAAUGUCUUGCUGGUAGACAACGUGUACAGACAACACCACAUGUCUCUUCAGUCUCUCUUGAACACGCAGCUGCCCUUUUUAAUAGUGCGGGUCCGCCGCAGUGCUGCCGUCACGGACGCCUGUCGAUUCUUGGGAUCCAGCGACCCCAAAGAUUUGCUGCGUCCCCUCAAAGUCAUCUUCGAUGGGGAGGAGGGUGUGGACGAGGGGGGUCUCCGCAGGGAGUUUUUUUCCCUGCUCACCAGAGAGCUCUUUUCUCCUUCUAGAGGGCUGUUUUCGUACAAGUCUGGGGUCAGGACUAUGUGGUUUCAGCAGCAAGAUGAUGUGAAAACAGGCACAGAGCCUGGCAAUGCUGCCGGUGAGCUACCGUCGAUUCUUAGCACCUCCGAAGGUUGCGCCGAGCCUCAGGAAGCGGCAGCCGUGGCGCGAAUCGCUUCCAGAGAGGGAGAAACAGAGGGAGAAGGUGAAUGUGGGGCUGAUAAAGGCAGCAAACAGGACGCUGUGCCAGAAGGGAAGGCUAAGGAGUAUUGGGUUACUGGCCUGCUUGCCGCAAUGGCGGUCUACAACGAUAUCCUGAUGCCCCUUAACUUGCCACUCGUCAUCUAUAAGCGGCUGCAGGGCGCAGAGGUCACCCUCGACGACCUGAGCGACGUUUUCCCUGAGGAGCUCCACAGUUUCGAAAAACUGCUGGAGAUUGACAAUGAGGCAACCUUCAAUGAAGCAUUUGAGGGAAUGACGUUUGCUGUGGACGUAGAACUGCCAGGGGGACGCAGAGGGCAGGUGGCGUUGAAGCCGGCUGGCGAGACCGUGGCCCUUACGAUCCACAACAGACAGGAAUUUGUGCAUUUGUACACUCGCUACCUGCUUGUCACUUCGGUUGACUGGCAGUAUUCACAUUUCGAGAGGGGUUUCCAGCUCAUUGCGCCGCCUCUUGUGGGGAGUCUUACUGGCAAAGAACUGCAGCUCCUCAUUUGCGGCACGCCAGAACUGGACUUCAAUGAACUCAAGGAAUCCUGCAGGUAUGAAGGGUAUGCCGCCGACUGCCCCUAUAUACGGUCGCUUUGGGAGAUCUUGACUUCAUUCGAUAUUUUCCAGAAGCAAAAUUUCCUCAAGUUUGUGUCGGGAAGUGAGCGCUCUCCGGCCUUUGGCUUGAAGGAGCUUCGCCUGGUGAUUCAGAAAAACGGCGGGGAGCCCACUGAGCGGCUUCCAACCUCAUUCACGUGUUUCUGCACGCUCCUGCUGCCCGAAUACGCUUCCAAAGAGAAGUUGCAGAGGCUCCUCACCAUCGCCAUCGAGGCGUCCGAGGGUUUCGGAUUGCAGUGA